CAACCCAUAUUAUAACUACGGGGGUCAUGGCUUUUAAAGGCCUCCAUUCCUAUUUCCUACCUCUCUGAGUUAUUUCAUUGAAGCGCACUCAACGUUCUCCACUGAAGCGUUCUCCAUUGAAUCUAAUUCUUGUAUCCCCCAUUGAAGCAGCUUCUAAGGGAUAUGGAGAUAGAAAUAGAGCAGAGUAGCGGAUCACGAAGAGGCCAAGGAGAGGAAAAAAGGAUUUUAAUGCUGGCACUGAACGUUCAAAGGCCGCCUGUGGAUAGACUAGAAGAUGGAACUGAAAGCCUCUACUUUGGAUGUGUAGAUUUUCACUCGGUGGAUCUGAAGCAGAAUAAAUUGACUCGUUGUUGCUUUCCUUCACUGAUCAUGGUUGAGGUUACAAAUGCCAUGGUGUCUUUGAAUGAAUGCAUCUACUUAGUGGGAGGUGUGACAAGUUCUAUAGCACGAUCACCUUUCAUCCAACGACUCCAAUCUGCAUCUCCCUUAUCCAACCGUACACACUACUUUGGUGGUUCUAGUCUUGACAUGUCUGAUGAGGCUGCAGUGUGGCGUCCAUCUCCUGUCUUCAUUGAGGAUUGCACUUCUUUCAACUAUGUUAGCUUUCUUGGCAAGAUUUACAACUUUGGAUCUAAUCGCCUUGCGCCCGAGGUUCUUGACCCUACCGUUGGCCACUGUAAGCUAAUCAGCCCUAUCCCUACAAGCCUUGUCGGUUGUAGUGUGUCUAUUCCUGUACUUCCUGACCCUUCCAACAAUCGCAUUCUUAUGCGCAUCUAUGGUGGUCCCCUUUCAUUGCCUUCCCUGUAUGCUUUCACUCCUCCUGUUGAUGUUGAUGGUAUUGGGACAUGGGAAUGUCUCACCCCUGAUUUCCCAAUUUGGGCUGAUUCUGCCGCUGUUGUUAAUGGUGUGAUAUACUUUCACUGCCAUAAAUUCCCAUCUCUUCUUUGUGCAUUUCAUAUAGCCAAGAAAAAAUGGUUGAACGUCCGGUGGGAUUCGUGCUUUAAGGACAAAGUUGAUAUGAAUGUCGAAAGGAUACACUUCGAUGCAAUGCUUCAUUUAGGCAACAAUAAUUUGUGCUUUGCUGGUUGGAUACCCGUAGAUAAUGCACCUACUGUAUCUACUAUCGAAAUUGUCUUUUUCAAGUUCAAAGUGCUAGACACUAGUGAAACCGUAAUCGUCAAGGCCUGCGACUCCUACUCAUUUGAACUUCCGCAGACUUACGAGGUGCUUCAUUUCCUCUCUGUUUAGCAAGCAGUGGUCUCGAGGAAGAGUACAAGUAUCUGUUGGUCCCGAGGAAAUUAGUUGCUCCUAUUGCUUGUACAUCGUCAUCCAAUUUCGAAUUCUGGAUGGUUUGCCUUUUGUGAUGAGUGAUAGAUUGUUAUUAGUCGUGGAAAUCUUAUAACAAUGAAAAAAAUUAGUUGUUAUGACUUAUGGGUAAUUAACUAGUUUUUGUGUCCAGACAAUGCGCUGUUUCAUUGUUUUAUUUAAAAAAAUAUUAAUUGUUUGCUUUUGCAAAUAUUAUUGAACAUCAAAAUACAUUAUUCUA